AUGGCUCUUGCAAUCAUGAAGAGUAUACCGUUGGCUAAAAAUUUAACGCCUGGAUGUAUAUUGAAAGCAGACGACUUGAGCAGAGGCUCUGCGAAGAAUUUUUUCGAAGCGUAUGCCAAAUCAUUUGAAGCGAGGGAAGCGAGAUCGAGGGAAACACAACGACAUUUUGGAGGGCAAACCGCGGACGAAGAGCUUGUUCGUAAAAACGUAGACGAUAGAACAGUGACUAUAGGUUCUGAGGACCAUAUAUACACGAAUAAUGCGGACUGUGGUUUGUUCAAUGCGGUAAUAACAGCGUAUAACAAACAUUGGAAACUUAGAAUAUCGCCCGAGGACUGGUGGUUUGUUGUAGCGCGACGUGUCGCUAUUGCAAUCGACAAGAACUCGAAAAAAGAAGCAGUUCGCAAGAUGUUUGUCGAACACGAAGGUAUUAAAGUGCCGAUGCUAUUCUCAGGGGUAUAAUCUUGACCUGUCUUUGCCAGUGUAGGUAGUGCCAAUUAUAAGGAGAACUUCGACAUUUCGAGCGAACUUCGACAGUCCAUAUUUAAUGUAAACACAUCCCAUAUGGACGAGUUCAAUAAAAUUUGAACCCCUAAGAAAAAAGAUCAAAGUGCUGUGACAAACACAUCCCCCCCCCCAGAAAUUAAGAAAUUUUUGCCUUACCCCUCAGAAAAAAACGCAAAGAUCAAAGGAUGCCAAUACACACAACCCCUCAGAAACGGCUUUUUCAAAUCCCUCACAAAUUCUUGUUCAUGGGGAGGGUGUAAUUAAAUGGAUGGCGAAGGCCCUUCGUUGGCUUCGAAAACUCUGGAUUCUUUUCCUUAUUUGGACUAAGAUUUCCUUUGAAUUUUCUUUUACGAAUUUUUUCCAUUUUUAUGUAGAUUUUUGCGAAGGGUGGGAGACAACGAGGGAGGGACGACUGGAGCCCUGGGAGACCCUCAUAGUCCUCAUCAACUUUCAAUGUAAGUUUGUUCCGUUCUCAUUGUAAGGUAAGAAAACACUGCAAGUAGAUGUGCCUGUGGACAACAUCUACGAUGUCGACUAUACUUGGUUUUUUGAUGAAAUGUCCAAGAAAAUAUCAAAGAAUGUCAACGUCCCCAGCUUCGUUGAUGUCAUUUCGGCUGAUUUUUCGUCGACAACCCCAGUACAGAGGAUUGUGUCGCAAAUCACUUUGAUGUCGUCCUUGCAGGAAUUCUUUGAAUACAAGUAAGUAUAAAGGGUGUGGGCGUAGAUUUGUUAAAGACUAGUUGGAUAACUAUAUAUGGAGAACUCCUUUUAUUUACCCAACCUGAUGAGUGAUGAUGACUCAAGAUCUGUUUGAGCAAGAGAACGAAUUGCGACGACGAAGACAUACUUGACAAGCAAAGUUCUGACGAUUGCACCACCGAACCCCCUCGAUCUUCUGCCUUCGAUCUUCUGCCUUCGAUCAGAACGAAUAUUUUGGCAAAAUUUGUCGUGAACUUUUUCUGAACAAAGGCAUAAGAACAAACUUUAAGACUGGAUAUAGUUUCAUAUCUCGCUGUUUUGUCUUGGUCAGCGUAAGGAUUAAGCCUUAGGGUCCCUAUUCAUAAACAGCAACACACAAAUCUAUAAUGAACGACAUAUUGAGCAACGGCCGGUGACUUCAAACUAUUGCCAAGUACGCAGAAGUUCAUCUUCAUGUCUUCAUACUUCGUUGCCUUGACCCUUGCCCUGAUCCUUGCCCUGAUCCUUGCCCUGAUCCUUGCCCUGAUCCUUGCCCUGAUCCUUGCCCUGACCCUUGCCCUGACCCUUGCCCUGAUCCUUGCCCAUGUAUACUCUCUGUGUUUACACAAGAAUAUUGUCCGGACUGUCUAAGAGACUGUCAAAACUCUUUCGUUUAUUGUGUAGGAUGAUGUUACUGUGUGGAAUACCGGGUGUUGAAAUGCUCGGCACUGAAGAAGACUGGCAGAAACUACUGUCAAAAUUGGAAGCUUUGAAAACGCUUCUUGAACCAAUCAAAAACAACCUCGGAUUGGGCAACAGCUGGUGGUCAGUCGUCAAAGACGUCUUUGAAAAACUACUGGCCACUUACAGAGGUAAACCAGACUAUGAUUGGUGGUCCCGUAUUGUUACCUAUGAAGGUUUUGGAUCGGGUCCUAGAGGCUACACAGGUUGGAUUACAAAAUUCAUGGAGAUGUCGGACGAACCGAAGGAACUGCAUGAAUUCACCAGCGGACUGGUUACGGUACCACUCACCAUCGCUAAUCCAUCUGGUCUCGAAGACACGGCAGCAUUGGUCGCUGGGUGUUUGGGUUUCACCAUACAUGAAGACGGUGAAGAUAAAGUACCAUCAGUUCAACCAUUUCAGGGUUGGUCUCUUCUGUUGCCUAAAAAUUCACCAUUCCGCGCUGAUAGGCAGUGAUUUGCAUAAUGUCGCAAGAAGAGACAACGUUGCGUAUACUUAGCAAGUUGAAAUUAUUUAAAAGGAACAAUUACCAUCAGGGUAAUAAACUAGAGGCAUAUUUAAAAGCGUUAUACUGGGAAUUGACAUUUGUAGUCAGCUUUUAUGCUGGGGAUUGGUAUUUGUGGUUCAUCAUGGUUCAUAUUUAUUUGAUUUAUUUAUUUGAUUUGUGGUUUACCAGUAAUACAGUCAAAGUUGUGUAUUUAAUUUAAUUUAUUAAACUUCGUCAAUUAUACGUUAUACAUCUAUCACACUAUAUUUACAUUUUAAUUUAAUUUACAAAACCGUCACAUGGCAGCGAGGGAACACGCAACAGCUUUCGCCAAUUAUAGCGGAAGAAAUAUUGCUCAAUACAGUUUAAUCAAAUGAACUAAAAACAACACAACUUUGAACUGGACAGACUACGAAAUUUAUUACAAGAAAAACAUAUAUAGGGUUUAAGUGUUCGUGGAUUUUCAACGUCGAAAGUAUUUUCUGAUGCCGAUUUGUAACAACUGCGCAGACCGUUUGUAAGUCAUUCAAGGAAUUAAGUCGAUGUUCCUAUCAAGCUCCUUGGCAAAAUACUCUACAUGCACUCUGGUUGAUCUGGAUUAUACCGUGGCAAAAUACUCCACACUCUGGUCGAUCCAACCUCGCAAAGCGCCGUGAGGAGGUAAAGACUCUCGCUUGCGAGGUUGUGGUCGAUCUGGCAUAUACUGU